CGAACAACGCCAAGACAAAGUACAGCCGGAUGAGUAUAAGCGCGAGUUCUCCUAACAUGGGAGUCAGCUGGCCUGGGUUGCCAUAGCAAGGCGGGCGCUGGUGUUGCGCGCGGGAGCUGUGAUCAAUAGCAGUGGUUCGGUGUGUGAGUGUGUGUUGUGCGGUGCGACGAGCUGGCAUGUGUUGCGCUGCCUCUCCUCGCGUCCCGUCCUGUCCGUGGUAGUGCAGACAACUUGUGGUGACACUGAGAUGAGUGUGUGCUGACGCGGGGGCCUCCUGCGGGCCGAGGAUGACCUUGUCCGAACUUGGUGUAUGUGUUUCCUCGGCUGCCAACACGAAGCGUACAGCACCAGCCCCACUCCAGCUUGUCCCCGCUCAGGAGGUGAAUAAUGUGAGCGGCGUGUCGGCCCCACCCAUGGAGAGAUGCGCUUCAAAUACCUCCACUUUCUCCUUCAGCCAGGACAUCUGCAGGAUUUGCCACUGCGAGGGAGAUGCGGAAACGCCCCUCAUCGCCCCAUGCUACUGCGCCGGCUCGCUGCGAUACGUCCAUCAGUCAUGCCUGCAGCAGUGGAUCAAGUCCUCGGACACCAAAACCUGCGAGCUGUGCAAGUUCAAUUUCAUCAUGCACUCAAAGAUCAAACCGUUCAACAAGUGGGAAAAGCUGGACAUGUCGGGGAUGGAGCGGCGCAAGAUAGCUUGUUCCGUCACCUUCCACGUGGUGGCCAUCACCUGCGUCGUGUGGUCCCUGUAUGUCCUCAUCGAACGCACCACUGAGGAGGUUCAGGAGGGUUCUCUAGAGUGGCCCUUCUGGACCAAGCUUAUCGUGGUGGCCAUAGGCUUCACGGGUGGCCUGGUGUUCAUGUACGUGCAGUGCAAGAUGUACGUACAGCUGUGCAAGAGGUGGCGUGCCUUCAAUAGAGUCAUCUACGUCCAAAAUGCUCCCGAAAAGGUUCCUUUGAGUGAGCGGGACCGAGCAGACCUUCAGCGGGAAGCGGCGCAGCAGUGCGGCGGCGGCGGAGGUGGCAAGGACACGUGCAGCGAGUCCCAUGAGUCAGAAAAGUCUCUCAUGGGUGUGUCCAUCAUCACGGGGGCGACCGGCCACGAUCUCACGCCCACCACUACCAUCACUUUCUCUUCCUCACCACUCAGCACUAACGCUUCUAUCACAACCACCUCCACUCUCACCUUCACAAACUCCACCACUGCCACCGCCACUCCCAGUCCUCCAGGGGCUGUGUGGACGGACGUGGCGGCACCUGCACCGCAGACUAGCUUAACAGGGGUUUUGUCUGGAAUGCGAAGAUCCAGAACCACACCUCACCAAGCCACAGCAUUCCUCACAAAAGGACCAGCAGAGUCAAGAUCCACAGCCAGAGACACAUGUCCAGCACUAGAAAGCCCAUUUUUAUAUGAAGGAAGGUGCAAUCAUGGAAGUAUGGAGGAGCUCUCCAGCCAAGCCCUAGCACAAAAUGAAAGGCAACCUUUCAGGAAAUCAAUUUCUCAUAGUAUGUGCCUAGAGAAAGGUGUAGAACGUGCUUUGGGUAAGGGUGGGGUACAACAACCUGACUCGGUGUUCGACAGUGAAGGGUCUGCUUGGGAGACUCGAUCACACUCCCGAAGAGGGGAUGGGCCAAAAGCUGAACCGCGGAUGAUCCACACACCAAGCCUAAGUCUCCAGUGCAGGACUGAAGGUGGUGUAGAAGGACACGAGGUUGAGACACUGCACCUCGACAACAUGUGAUAACACAAUGCUGAGUGUUUUAGGUAUAUGAACAUUGUAGUCUUCUUCAUCCAUGAUUUCCUAACACAGUAUAUAUUCAUAUAUGUUGUGUCUUAAACAAAGAGAAAUUUGUUGAUGUCAUGACACAAACAAACUGAAGGGUUUUAAUUUUUGGCUCAAUAGAGUGAUGAGCUUUGUCAAAAUUGUACAUGGAUAAAAUUCUUUAUAUAAAAUAUGUUGAUGUGGGCUUUGAAUCCAUUUCAUAAUUGUUCUGGAAGCAGCAUCUUGAUUUAGAAUAAAUGUGAUAUUUACAUUGACUUCCUUGGUCCCUGCUUAUAUCAUAUAAUACUAAACAGAACAGAUAGUCUGUAAUGUAACUGUUUUGUUAAGGAGAUACUAAAGUCAAGUGAUCAUUAUAUUUCAUAAAAGUACAGUAUAUUGUAAUAGGUAUGUAUUGUGCAUCAUCUUGUAUUAUCAAAUUAUUCCCAUAACCUUCAAUAUUUGUACAAUUCCUUGAUGUCCAAGAACUGAUAAGAUCACAGGGAGUUAUGUAUACAAACCUUGAGUGUUCAGGGACAGGGUUCAGUCAUCUUAUAAUCUAAGUUAUCAUGUGUGUCUGUGUACAGUGAUAUUUACAGUAGAUCAUUCACAAAUCUAUAAUUUUAUCCAGCUGAAUUUGCAGCACAUCACCAAAGAAAGUGUUUAUACUUAAAACUAAAAUUUAAUUAAGAACAGUAUGUAAACAACUUUAUUAAGUGUUCAUUCCAAAUCACUCCACACAAGACUAGUGUGUUGGUGCAGUGAUGGAAGCUAAAACCAAUAAAAAUAACUGUAGGUAAGCUUCUGAAUCAAAGGUGAGGUUUUUUGUUAUUCAAUCAUCCAAAUUUCUACUGUACAUUGUAUGCUGUACAUAUAUACAUAGUAUAUACAUACAUACAUACAUACAUAUAUGAAUUAUUUAUGCUCAUAUAUGCUUACUGUAGUUCAAGCAUUGUAAAUUUAUAUAUUACAAUCUUCUUUUGUACAAUCCUGAUUUUUCUAGCUAUGUACUGUAUGGCAUUUUUACUCUGAUCACAUCUUUGGAAAGCAGAGUAAUACUAUUUUUAUGUAGUGUGAUGAUGGUGAGCUUUUAUUACAUAAUUUCAUUCAUAUACCUGUGUGAUAUAUAUAAGAACAUGUAAUUAUAUAUAUAUAUAUAUAUAUAUAUAUAUAUAUAUAUAUAUAUAUAUAUAUAUAUAUAUAUAUAUAUAUAUAUAUAUGUAUAUAUAUAAAGAUGCUAAAUCCUGUUUGCAGACAUUCAACACAAAACUAAACCUAAGAAUAAUUGAAUUACUAAACAACAUGUACUGGUAUGCUGACAUCAGAGGACAAAAAUUGACUACUGGUUUUAUAUUGAAUUAUAAUUGUUGUCUUUAGUUUAUAUUAUAACAAAAAAAACGUCACUUCAUUCUUGGGCUCUUUCACUCUUAUGUCAGCAAUUAGGUACAACUCCAACUGCCCCUUCCUAGUCAUGAAGAGACUUGCCUACCAUGUGCUUAACUAGUUGUGAUAUUCCCAUGUUAGAUUUUACUGUAAAUAGUUUGUCACAAGGGGACAACUUUUGUACUCAAAGUUAGAAAAACGUAUUUAUUGUUUUUAUAUAAGAUGUAUCCGCCCAGGAAGUGGUGAGUGUGUUCUCUUAUUAGGUGUUGUGUCACUGUACUUGGGAAACAUGGGUUUGUAUCUUGUGUUUCUACAGAGUAUGAGUAAUAAUGUGUAGAAUCUGAAUCCUGUUUCAUAUCACAUGUGGCACUUAACUAUUGGGAGGUUGUGAUAUCUCUGUGGUUCAUGUGAAUGUGUGGAGUGUGUAUGUGCUUGUGUGCAUGUGCUGCAAAAAAGUUAGUGGUGCAUUUUUGUGAUUUGUCACUUUCUCAACUUCUUGAACAGAUAAUCUGACUUGAAAUUUUGACUAGAAAUUCAUAUUCAAAUUCCAAAUUCAGGAUCUAAAUCAAAGUUGAUGAACUUCAAAGAAUUAAGUUUCUUGGUUUGUUAAAGUUGAACAUUUAUUGAGAAAAAAUUUUCAACAAAUAAAAAAAGUAAGAAUUAUAGAGCAUACAUUUGAUGAUAGUGGGAUGAUAAUUUGUCAUGUGUGAAAUGUAGAUGUUCACUAACAAUGGUAAUGAAAAAUGAAUAUUAUAGUAUA